AUGAAUCAAUAAAGUAUUCCAAAUAAAAUUUUAUCUUCUCCUGUUUAAUUUGGUGAUUUAAAAUUGAAAAAUAGAUUUAUUCAAGCUCCUUUAACAAGGUUAAGAUCUGAUCUUGAUACGGGAUUAGCAAAUAACUUAAUGAAUAUCUACUAUUCGUAAAGAGCCUCAUUUGGAUUAUAAAUAACUGAAACUGUUAUGACUCAUUAAAUGAAAGGUUAUUUUCCAUACCUAAUAAACGAAUAAUAAUCACUGUAAUGGAGGAAAAUAGUAGACAGUGUUCAUCAGUAAGGAGGAUUAAUCUGUUUAUAAAUUUCACAUGGAGGAAGAACUAAUAUUUCAAGUAUGGGAAGCCCUCCAGUAGCACCAAGUCCUAUUAAGAUUAAUGGUAAAAAUAAGUUUGCUAACAAUGAAAUUUAUGAAGCUCCUGAAGAACUAACUAUACAAGAAAUUAAGUAAAUUGUGAAAGAUUUCUAAUAAUCUGCAGUUUUAGCUAAAUAAUCUGGAUUUGAUGCUAUUUAACUCCAUGCAGCAAACGGCUUUUUAGUAGAUUAAUUUUUAAGAGAGAGUUCAAAUUUGAGAACAGAUGAAUAUGGAGGAAGUAUUCCAAAUAGAUGCAAAUUUUGUUUAGAAAUUAUAGAUGAGUUAAUUUCUGUUUUUGGUAAUGGCAGAGUGUCUAUUCGCUUUAGUCCUGUUGGUCGAUAUAACUAAAUGUACGAUAGCAAUCCCUUAGAUCUAAUGAAGCAUUUAUUUAUUGAAUUAGAAAAGAGAAAUUUGUCUUUUGUAGAGCUAAGGAGGUUUGGUAAAUUUGAUUUAUCAGCUCCAGUAGAAGAAGCAUAUAUACACCCUGAACUUUAGAUCCCAAAUUUUUUCAAAACACUAAGACAGUAUUACUCAGGCAAUAUUGUAGCUAAUGACGGUAUUAACAUCAAAGAAGCUGAAAUUUUAAUUAAUGACAAAAUAGCUGAUGCUAUUUCUUUUGGAAAGCUAAGUAUAUCAAAUCCUGAUCUUCCUAUAAGAUACGAUAAUGAUUAUGAGAUUAACAAUAUAACGGAUCAUAAUACUUUCUACUCUCAAGGACCUUAGGGAUAUAUAGAUUAUCCUUAAUAUAAUAAAUUGUGA